GUAGAUGCAGACCAACCAUCACAUCACUCUUUUCCAUCAAUAAUAGCUUCAUCUGUCUUUUGUGAGGCUGUGCUAUCCAUCUUCGAGUUCUCAUCUCUCAUACGAGGUGUACAGCUGCUUCAGAUAGCUGAGCGGCUUCUCAAAGAAUCCCACGCCCGACGACACCUCCACCAUCCUUCCACGACCCCUCCGACCAACGGCCAUCAUGUUCGGCUCGACAGAUCCCCAGCUCCAGCGCGCCGCAGAGCUCCACGCGCCUCCGCCAAAAGGUUCGCCGUAUAGCGUAGCUCUCCCCGGCACGCAAAAGGAAGGCCGCAGCGCCAUCUACAGACACUUCAAGUUCGCCGACAAGCCGCUGCUCGCCAGUCUCGUUCCAGAAAUCAGCACACCGCACGAAGCCUUUGAGAGCAGCGUCGCGCGCUACCCGCGAAACAAGUGCCUCGGCCACCGCCCCUACGACCCCGUCACCAAGAAGUGGGGCGCAUACGAAUGGGAAGACUUCGAGGCCGUUGCGAAGCGGCGGAAGAACUUUGGCGUCGGCCUCGUACAUUUGCACAGGCAGGCGGGCGUCACGGCGCCCAAGUAUGGCAUCGGCCUGUGGUGCCAGAACAGGCCCGAGUGGCAGAUUACCGAUCUGGCGGCCAUGUCGCAGGGCCUGUACACGGUGUCGAUUUACGAUACAUUGGGUCCGGAUACGACCGAGUACAUUAUCAACCACUCCGAGUUGGCCUGUGUGGUUGCGGGCAUGAACCACGUUACGGCGCUGCUCAAGCUUAAGCCGCGACUACCCUCGCUGAAGAUCAUUGUCGUGCUGGACCCGCUGUCGCACGGUGAACUCCCUGGAGAGUCAAAGGGCGAUAUCCUCAACUCGCUGGCUGGCGAGCUGGGUGUGAGCAUCCACUACAUUCGCGAUGUAGAGGCCCUGGGCGAGCAGCAGCCGCUGCCCAUGAGCCCGCCUUCUCCGGCUGACAUUGCGACCAUCAACUACACAUCUGGAACUACUGGAAACCCCAAGGGUGUCGUGUUGACGCACCACAAUGCGCACGCGGCGUCGUGCUCGGGCAUGGUCCUCACGGGCUCGACCGAACAGCAGGUCAUUUGCUCAUUCUUGCCUCUGGCACAUAUCUACCAGCGUUUGGGCGAGGGCCAGGCUCUUGCGAGCGGGUCGGCGAUUGGAUAUUUCCAUGGAAACAUUGCCGAGUUGGUGGACGACUUACAAGUCCUGCGACCUACCAUGUUCUCUGGCGUGCCCAGGCUAUACAACAGAUUCGGCUCCAAGAUCAAGGAGGCGACCAUCGAAGCCACAGGCGUCAAGGGCGCGCUGUCUCGUCACGUCGUGGCAACGAAAACCGCUGCCAUCAAGGACAAGCACAACCCAUCCAACACGCACAUGCUCUACGACCGCAUCUGGUCGAAGAAGGUUGCCGCCGGCCUCGGACUCGACAGGUGCAAAGUCAUGAUCAGCGGCUCCGCGCCCAUCGACCCCAGCCUGCACCAAUUCCUCCGCAUCGUCUUCGCCAACAACUUCACCCAAGGCUACGGCCUCACCGAAACCUACGCCGCCUCCCUCGUCCAGCACGAAGGCGACCUCUCCUCUGGCAACUGCGGCGGCGUGACCCCCAACUCAGAGCACUGCCUCAUGGACGUGCCGGACAUGGAGUACCUCUCGACUGACUUACCCCAUCCCCGUGGCGAGCUGUGUAUCCGUGCGACAACCCUCUUCAGAGAAUACUACCGCAACCCUGAAGAGACGGCCAAAGCCAUCGACGCAGACGGCUGGUUCCACACAGGCGACAUCUGCAGCAUCGACGAACUCGGCCGCUUCAAAAUCAUCGACCGCAAGAAGAACGUCCUCAAGCUCGCCCAGGGCGAGUACAUCUCCCCCGAGCGCAUCGAGAACGUGUACCUCGCAAACUGCGGCUGGAUCGCGUCCGCAUACGUGCACGGCGACAGUCACCAGGCUUUCCUCGUCGCCAUCUUCGGCGUCGCGCCGGACAUGUUCCCUGCUUUCGCAUCCAAGGUACUCGGCCGCAAGAUUCCCGACGGCGACAUCGCGGCGCUCAAAGCUGCGCUUACCGAUAAGAAGGUGGAGAAGGCGGUGCUUAAAGAAUUGGACCGUGUGGGACGCAAGAACAAGUUUAAUAGCUAUGAGAGAGUCAAGGGGGUCAGGUUAUUUUUGGACCCAUUUACGAUUGACAAUGAGCUUUUGACGCCGACGUUGAAGUUGAAGAGACCGCAGACGGCCAAGGCGUUUAGGCGGGAUUUGGAUGAGUUGUAUGAGGAGGCGUUGGCGGAGGAGAAGACGGUCAAGGCCAAGUUGUAGAUUGUGUGUGGCGAUUAUUUCUGGUGGGGGGGUUGUGGAGAGAGCGUAGAGGUGCAUUGUACGUGUGUGGCGCAGGUGGUCAAUUUAAACUUCCCAGUUCAACAACUAGUGCAGGUGAUCUAACGAAG